AUGGUUUUCACGAUGACCAAGCUGUGGCAGCUGGUUAUCUCCAUGAUUGUCCUGUUACACUUGUCAGCAUCUCUUCCACCCCCAGGGAGGUAAGUGACUCAGCGACACGCUGACGGUCUCUUCCACAGCGAACUCAGCAAGAUGAACGACAAUGCUUACGUGCAGCAGUUAGUCAAACACCUGGUGGGGCUCAAGGAGAGGUCCCAGAGGCACUCGGAUGGGCUGUUCACCAGUGAGUACAGCAAGAUGAGAGGAAACGCUCAGGUGCAGAAGCUCAUCCAAAGCCUCAUGGGCCGCAAGCGCAGCUCCCCAGGCCCAGUCAGCACUGAUGUGCAGGGGAGAGAGGACGAAAACAGCCAGGAGGAACUUUGUUUCAUCUGGUUGUACCAGACCUUUCUCAACACCAGCCACUCAGACACUGAAGCCAGGGAAGCUGCUGCCAUCACCAGCCCCUACAUUUGCCCCCUCCCCAGGCAGCUCUUUGCAGACAUGAAAGAAGACACAGAAGGUUUCGACUGA